AUGAGCGGUAUCUGUGAGUAUCCAUUGGUCACUGCGGCCGAUGCGAUUGUGAUCAUUUUGGCCCUGGCGGAGCUGACCAUCGCCAUCAUCAGUGUCGUCCUGACCAGCAAGUUUUUCUUCUGUUCUAGACCGGCGACUCAGAAUAUUCCCCAGCUUCGCUACCAACCCUUGCCUCAACAACAAAUGGCAGGCAACUACUAUCAGAGCCAGGCAGCGCAGGGAUACCAUGUCACCACUCAGCCACAAGUUGGCUACACAACCCAACCGUUACCCUCGGCAACCGCUGAAGCGCCACCUACCGGUCAGAACCCCAUCAAUUAGAAGAAUGGUUGACCUUUGACGUCUGGUACCGCAACAACAAGUCAUCAAACACAUUCCUUUUCUUCGAAACGUAGAAUUCGUUUUCAGCUUCAAUAAUCAUCGGGGCGAUCGAGGAGGAGGAUUAAAUUCAUGCACAAAUAUUAUGGCCGUAAAUGUUGACCUUUAAGGUUCAAUGCUAGAAGUAAUAUGUGAUGGACCCAUUUUGGGCCAAAACUCUUCGAGGGAGGUGGCGAAAAGGUUUAGAAAUAACAGGCUUUGCCAAAAUGUGAUCAUGAUUAUUCAAUAGACUAGGGCCUAGAAAACGUAGGCUAGGUGCAGUGACAAAUAACACGCACGUACUCGUUGGAAGUGGAACAAUAUUUUGUCAGGACCUAUAUAGCUCUAAUUCUGAGCUUGAGAAUUGUAUUUAAGGCAACAAACAAUGUAAUACUCAGAUGUAAUCAAGUGUGCUUACGUUAUUUUGCCCUCUACGGCAGGCUGCAGUCACGCGUGCCGUACAUGCCUUCAGCCGUUUGAAUUUCGUGCUGCCAUCUUGCAUCCCGCCAUGCACCGUAUAUCCAUUGUCAAACUUUCUCUAAACGUUUGAGAGUAGGCCUAAAGUUACACCGUGUACAUACAGCCACCACAGGCACGCGUAAACAAUACUGCUUCCCUCGGCCUCGUAGUGCGCCUUUAACAAAAAACAUGUACUGAAACUGUUUAAAAUAUAUUACUAAGCUACGGCAGAUAUGUAGAAAAAUUACGACUUAAGUUGCCAUCUUUGUUCAUCAUCCACUACCACUACGCGCAAACCAUGCCAUACCACCACGUGAGUCUAGCCAGCCGUCCCCUAAUUCUGUAUCGUGGAUCGAAGGCCCGCCCCGUUUUGUUUUGACCAAUCGCAGCCGCGAUUACUGACAGCAUUAUGAAAGCACGCGCGUACGCGCGCGCGUAUGACGCGCGGUGGCGUUGGAGAAGCACGUGUGCAGGGCGGGGCUGUGGUUCGGUCUUGUACCCUAUCUUGUAAAAGAUUCCCCUGCGCACGCUCGGAAAAUGAUAAAUUCAAGAGUACAAUAAACAAAAACCAAAUCCUGGCGACGCCAUGAUUGGGAAUAUACUAAUGCUGCAUCCGAAUCUGUUGUCUAGAGCUAGGUCUAGGUCUUCGCUCCAUUAGAAAUACGCGGAGACGCGCUGACAAUAGACGUAGCCGUAGCUCUGGAAGCCCGUUUCGGACACGGCCUAAUUAUUAAUUAUAUAAGAACAAAAAUGGAGGCAGGCUGGGCAUGGGAAGAGAGAACGGUGGGGAAAAUAAUACCGGUGCUUAGAGCGCAAUUCCACAUUAAUGAGAUGAUCCACUUUUUUUUCAUGUGGCCUAAGUAAAGAGUGCCUUCAGAAAAUAAAGAUGUAAAACAGACAACAACUAAAAAUCACACAAAGAGGCAAGAAACAAAUUUCUGUGAAUUCAACACAGCGUUUAAAUAUUUGUGUUAUGUGAAAGUCCAUGAAAUUAUAUAUUUUAUACAUCGUUCCAAUCCUUUUAUUCUACAAAAUACUGCAUGUUUUAUUAAUAGUAGGCCCCCCUAAUUGCGUGUAUUUUUUUCAGAAAAUAAUCUAUGACAGAUCUGUAUACAUUGUAGGCAACUGUCCCAAGUCAGUAGAAACUACAGUACUUUAUUGUCUUGUCACACAUUCGACGGUGUUUUCACGAAGUGACAAAAAAUCAUGCAACGAGGUCAUUCCGAGAUAAUCGCAUUUGCAGUUAAUCCUUUUUUUUUAAACACCUUAAUUUUCGACUAGUUUUUAUAGUUAUGAAUUUAGGAAAUUUUUGCAUUGUCAAGUAACGUAUGCUUUGUUCUUUGCUAAUUCAAAGUUGUUUAUUAGAAGUCU